UCCCAAUUCAUGUUGGGGCCUUCAUGGCGAAGAUUAUAAAGAUGUUGAACUGCUUCUACAUCUCCUCGCUUCGGCUGAGAGAGUUGGCCAGAAAAAGUUUGACAGCGCGAAAGGUUUCCUCAGCAUGUGCACCAACUCAUAUUAUUACUACCAUCUGUAAUGAAAGAGGUGAAGAGCCCUGGUAUGCUGGUGUCCCCAUCUUCUCUCUCGUUGAGCAGGGAUUAGGUGUGGGUGAUGUCAUUUCUCUAUUGUGGUUCAAACGGAGCCUUCCUCGUUACUGCUCUCGGUUUAUUGAGAUUUGCAUAAUGUUGUGUGCUGACCAUGGUCCUUGUGUUUCUGGUGCCCACAACACCAUAGUAACUUCUCGGGCAGGAAAAGAUGUAGUGUCCUGCCUUGUUUCAGGAUUGCUGACAAUUGGUCCCCGAUUUGGUGGGGCUAUUGACGAUGCUGCUCGAUACUUCAAGGAUGCAUAUGACAGGGGCCUUACACCUUAUGAAUUCGUGGAAGGUAUGAAGAAGAAGGGCAUUCGAGUGGCAGGAAUUGGUCACAGGAUCAAGAGGGGCGACAACAGAGAUAAGAGAGUGGAACUACUGCAACGUUAUGCCCGUGAAAAUUUCCCUAGUGUAAAAUACAUGGAAUAUGCAGUGGAGGUUGAGACAUACACCCUGUCAAAGGCUAACAACCUAGUCCUUAACGUUGAUGGUGCCAUUGGUUCCCUGUUCUUGGAUCUCCUGGCUGGCAGUGGAAUGUUCAAAAAGGCAGAAAUCGAUGAAAUCGUGGAGAUUGGUUACCUUAACGGCCUCUUUGUCUUGGCCCGAUCCAUUGGCCUGAUUGGGCACACGUUUGACCAGAAGAGAUUAAAGCAGCCGCUGUACCGCCACCCGUGGGAAGAUGUUCUAUACACCAAGUGAGUGCAAACAAGCAUUGUCAGUCGGAAUGUAUGAAUCAAUUUUGGGGCAUCCCAUGUGUUUGUACUUGAUUAUUCCUAUUGUAAUUUCUCCACAAAGAGAAUGACGCGUGGAUUAUACUAAACUUCAACUAUUACCAUCAAAUGAAAGAUUCAUGAAGAAAUGCAUCGUUAUACAGAUAGAUGGAAGUAAAUUUUACUCCGUAAUUGUUUUUUACCCAAAAUAUG